UACUUGAACUAUCAAAUUUCUCAGUUCAACUGUGUUACCCAAAGAAACUGUGUUCGUUCCCUUUCACAUCUCUGCAACCAAAAUGCAUUCUCAGAAGCCUCAUCGCAUUUUAUUCUCCCUUCGUCCAUUGCUAUCAUCAACCUUCAAACCAAACCCUAACCCUAAUCCCAUUCCUUCGUCUCCAUUCUCAUCCUCUUCUUCCUCAUGGCUUUCUCAACCCGGAAACCCACUCAUCCACUGGCCAUCACUCCCACCCACCCAAACCAAACCCGGUUCAACCCCAACCCUAAACCCCAACCCAAACUCCCCCACACCAAACCCCAAUUUCUCCCCCAACGAUUUCUCUCUCAUUUCCAAUCUCUUCACCAACUCAUCCAUCUCUCCCGGUUCAUCUCUCCAUACUGAACUUACCCUCACCGAAAUCAAACCAACUUCCCCUCUCAUCCGCGCCGUCUUCGAUCACUUUGGCUCCUCUCCGAAACUACUUCACUCGCUUUAUCUCUGGGCUGAGAAUCAACCCGGGUUCAAACCGGAUUCAGCUCUGUUUGAUUCAGUCAUCAACGUACUUGCGAAAAUGAGGGAGUUUCAUUCUGCUUGGAGUCUUGUUCUUGAUCGAAUUGAUAGAGAUGAUGGAGAACAAGAAGAGAAUUUGGUUUCUGUUGGUACUUUUGCUAUCAUGAUUCGACGCUAUGCUCGUGCAGAUAUGCACAAGGCUGCUAUUAGGACAUUUGAGUUUGCAAAAGAUAAGAAGACAAUUUUGAAUUCGGCAUCGGAAAUGAGUUUGUUUGAGAUAUUGAUUGAUGCACUUUGCAAAGAAGGGUUUUGUAGGGAAGCUUCAGAGUAUUUUCUUAGGAGAAAGGAGACGGAUCUGGGCUGGGUUCCUUCGGUUCGGGUUUAUAACAUAAUGUUAAAUGGAUGGUUUCGAGCGAGGAAACUCAAACAUGCUGAGAGACUUUGGGAAGAGAUGAAGGAGGAGAAUGUGAGACCUAGUGUUGUGACAUAUGGUACCCUCGUGGAAGGAUACUGUCGGAUGCGCCGUGUUGAAAAGGCGCUUGAGAUGAUUGGUGAAAUGACCAAAGAUGGAAUUGAACCAAAUGCAAUUGUAUAUAACCCCAUAAUUGAUGCAUUGGCAGAAGCUGGGAGAUUUAAAGAGGCUUUGGGUAUGAUGGAGCGUUUUCAUGUUUUGAAAAUAGGUCCUACUCUUUCAACUUAUAAUUCUCUAGUGAAGGGUUUUUGUAAGGCAGGAGAUCUUGAAGGUGCAAGUAAAAUUCUUAAAAAGAUGAUAAGUAGAGGGUUCCUUCCAAUCCCCACUACUUAUAAUUACUUUUUUAGGUACUUUUCAAGAUGUGGAAAAGUUGAGGAAGGGAUGAACUUGUAUACCAAGAUGAUUGAAUCUGGUCAUGAUCCAGAUCGUCUAACUUACCAUCUUGUGUUGAAGAUGUUAUGUGAAGAGGAGAAGUUAGAGUUGGCAGUUCAAGUUAGCAAGGAAAUGAGGCACAAAGGACAUGACAUGGACUUGGCUACGAGUACCAUGUUAACUCAUUUACUAUGCAAAAUGCAUAAGUUGGAAGAGGCUUUUGCAGAAUUUGAGGACAUGAUAAGAAGAGGUUUAAUUCCUCAAUAUCUUACAUUUCAAAAAUUGAAUGUUGAGUUAAAGAAACAAGGUAUGACUGAAAUGGCUCAAAAACUUUGCCAAUUGAUGUCGUCUGUUCCCCAUUCUACCAACUUGCCAAAUACAUAUGGUGAAGUCAGAGAUGAUGCACAUGCACGUAGAAAAUCUAUAAUUCAAAAAGCCAAAGCAGUUUCUGAUUUGCUGAAGGACCCCAAAGAACUUGAUAAGUUUAGAAGUUCAUCAGAAAAUGCUGUCUCAAGUGCAUCUGCGAAAACGAUAGAGGGUAGAUAGAGGAUACUGAGAAAACGAUAGGUAUAAGAUGAACAUCUGCGAUGUCACUACCAGUAGGGAGGCAGUUGUUUUUGGACUGUUUGAAAGACAUGGUAAUCAGUUCACAUUUCGCUGUGAAGAAUCAGAGGGAUCUAUACAAAUAUGUCUGCUGUUCUUUAUGCUAUUGCUAUUAGCAGGCAACACAGCAGUAGUCACUGAACUGAUUCACUGUCGUCUAAUCCACUCUAGCAUAUGCAAGCUAAAUUUUGGAUAUUUAUCAAUGGAGAUGGCAGUUACUGAAGUGAAAUUCAUCAGUUUCAGUCAGUCGCCUUAUAGAGGCUGUGACUUUAUUAGUCUUUGUUUUCAGUUGGAGCCAUGCCUAAUCCAGAAGAUGUGACUGAAGAUCAAUAUCUCGAGGGAAUUUUUCUUUUUGCUGAUAAAUUUUCUAAUCUAACCUGAUGUCUCUCAGGUACUAAUCUAUGAAUCACAAUUACUCCAUUUGAGAGAGAGUACCGGUACAUAUUCAGUACUGGGAUGCGUAUGGUACGCGUAAGGCACUGACCAAAUCGGUACCAUUUUUUUAUUUUUUUUAUUUUUUAAUUUUUAUACUGGAUGCGCGCAGCAGGGUACUCGCGGGGUACACCAAACACACAAAAUGCAUUUUUUUUUCUUCGGUUUUUUAUCAAGAAAGAGUGAAACUUGUAAUGAAGGAACAACAAAAAUGUAGGAUAUUGGUGGAGAUGAAUGAGAUCUAUUUGAUAGAGCUGAUAUUUUUGAA